CCUGACCCAAAUCUUCCACUGAACCAGAUGACAGACUUCGGGGCGUUGAGUAUAGGGAGUCGCACUAUAUCUCGUCCAGCCAUUUAGUUGCGUUGCGUUAAUUUAGUACGCUGUCACUGUCCUAUUUCUUCGUCCACUAUUCCUUAUUGAGCUAGUUUUUGUGUAACAAGGGUUGGGCAGCUGUGCGUAUCAUAUCUCCAUGUGAAACACCCCACCUAAAUUCGGUCUUGUUCGUUGAUCAAUUGAUAGCUUUACCCAUAGCUUCGCAUGUUGAUAACGUCAUCCUAGUGCUCAAAACAUGGAACUUAAACCAACUCUAUCUCUUUACACGGUGUCUCCCCCCAUUUGGCUGCUAGCUGGAAUUCUGCUGUUCUUCGCAUGGCGAUGGAGCAUUCGUCACCACAAGGUAUCAUCCAAUGGUGAACCACCCCUCGUGCCCUAUCUAAUCCCCUGGCUUGGCCAUGGGUUUUCCCUCAUAAACGACAUCAAUGGCUUUGUGGAAUGGGUCAGAUCGUCGUUUCCCAGCAGCGGAGCGGUCACUGUGCAGGUAGCCGGUCGUCAUUUAUAUUUGAUCUUCGACGCUAAACUAGCAAGUCAAAUCUACCGCCGGUCAGACAAUUUCCUGUUUGAUCCGUUUAAUCUGAUGGUAUUUCGGACAACUGGAGGUACCAAAAAUGAUUUGGAAAUUGCCCAGAACGGGGCUCGACUCGUCAAGACAGAUCCCAAUGUGGUGGUGGAUGGGACUCAUUUUAUGCAUGGGUUUCACAUAAUGACAAAGAACCAUUUAAGCGGCGAAUUCCUCGAAGAGUUGACCAGACGUUUCAUUGAAACGUUAUGCAAGGAAAUAGACCGCAACUUCCCGAUCAGCAAAAAUGGAAAGCCUGAGUGGAGGACUAUGGAUCUUUGUCACCUCAUCAAGUCUCUCUGGACCCAUGCUUCCAUCGAGGCACUGAUGGGGACCAACAUUUAUACCUUUUGGCCGGAGAUUGACGAUUGGAUAUGGGAGUUUGAUUCCACAUUUCCAAUGAUAAUAGCACAAUAUCCCAGCCUUCUCUUUCCUAAGCCAUACAAAGUCCGCGAGGAAGGGAUUAGAAAGCUGAUAGAUUGGGAAAGAAUGGCGAGAGAAGCUGAAGAGGAAGGAAAGAUCAAGUCUGAUGAUCCAAACCGUCUCUGGGAUCCCUACUGGGGCCAUGCAUACUCCCGUGAAGCAUCGAAGUUUUACGCAAAGUUUGGAGUUAGCGAGAGAGGCCGCGCGGGGAAUAAAAUGGGAAUCAUAUGGGGGAUUGCGGCCAAUGCUAUUCCCGUCGCCAUGCAGGUUAUCAACCAGACGGUCUUGAAUCCUACGACCCUCGAGGAACUUCAUUCAGAAAUAUCUCGGUGCCAGACUGGUCCGCUUUCAUUAGACAUGGGCAAAGUGACGACACAGCCGAAACUCAAGUCAAUGUUUCUAGAAGCGCUCCGAUGGGCAACGGCAUCCCCAUCGCCUCGUGUUGUGCGGGAAGAUUGUGAGAUUGGUGGAUAUCGGUUCAAAUCUAACAGUAUGGUCAUGAUUCCCGCACGUAUUCUUCAACUAGAGCCGGCGACCUGGGAGAUUCCCGGCAAUGAACAAUCCAAGCCGGAUUUGUUCUGGCCAGAGCGGUUCUUGGACGGCGAUCAGGAACACGAGGCUCACCGAGUAGAUGAAAAUAUAGAGGCUGAAGCCAACCACAUUGCAGGCGCUCCUUCGAGCCCAGAAGAGUUGAAGCCUAGAAGGGUCCAAGUGGAGCCUAUUUCUGGUCCCAAGUCCAAGGAUAUCCAACGGCGAAUUCUUUCACUAAGACCCUUUGGCGGAGGAACCACUAUCUGUUCUGGCCGACACUUCGCCACGAAUGAGAUUCUCGGUGGCUUGGCCACAUUGUUGUUGAGAUUAGAAAUCGAGGUCAUUGACGAAGAGCUGAUAAAACAUGGGGUCCCACAGCCUGAUCUGAGAAAACAGGGAGGCCUGUUUCCAGACCGGCCCUUAAUGGUGCGAGUGAGGAGACGAAUGUCUUAG